AUGCCCGAGUUGCUGUGCGGCACCGCUCUUCACUGGUACCGCAACAACAACGAACACUGGAGUAGCUGGAUAACCUUCAAGCGCAAAUUCCUACGCUUCUUCCUGCCAACUCGUUAUCUCGAACGCCUCGAAGACGAUAUACGGCAGAGAAGUCAGCACCCACGGGAGAAAUAUAAGGAGUACGUAAUCGCGAUACAGAACCUGAUGCGACAUGCCGGGUAUAGCAGCGAGUUGCGUUUGGAAAGAAUUUUCCGCAACAGCCACCCCGAUUACUUGUUAUACAUUCGGCGGCGAGAUUUCACCACUCUAUCUGAACUACUCACGCUCGCGGAGGAGUACGAGUGUAUCCACGAAGGCCAUAGACGGACGACGGAGACAUCACGCCGGGAGGUGGCAAGGUAUGUCACCGGCGACAACCCAGUGAGGACCACCACUCAACCAGAUGAAUCAUCUUAUCGCACCUCACUGGUGCGGACGACACAACACCACCCGCCAGUUACACCACACCGCUCAGCGACAGACACACAGCGUCGUGACCUAUCCAGAAACCAGAGCUUCGACCCCAACAACGUAUGCAGGAGAUGUGGGCAGGAAGGAUAUUAUGCCAGGCGAUGCCGCAACGCACCGAAGAUAUUCUGUUGGGAGUGCGGUCGGGCCAAUGUCCGCACGAUCGAAUGCUGUCGCCGGCGUCAGGGAAACGGCGGAGGGGCUCCACCAAGGACAAGGCGCGGUGAGCCCACCGAACCCAGCGCCGAGAUACCCAUAACCAUGCGUCAGGAUCACGGUCGACUGUACGCCCUAGUCCACUUGGGUGGGGAGCUAGUCGAGGCCGUCAUCGAUACCGGUGCCUCGAAGUGUUUCAUAUCCACCACCUUAGCGGAGUACAUGGCAACCGUAGGAAGCGGAGAGAGGAUAACGGUAGCCCUCGAGAUACACAUGGCCGACGGAACCAGUAGCAAUACUUUCGAGGCCAUGAGGAUCGAGGUUCGUCUCGGACAAGCGAUGCACCACGCAGUGCUAUACAUCAUGCCAGGCGCAAUAGACGACCUCAUACUCGGCCUAGACACAUUGGGAAGCAUGGGAGCUGUAGUAUCCUGUGGCGGUCAACAAGUUGUACUCACCGAACCGACUACGCAGCCGGCACCAUCCGCUACCUCACAAACCACGGAGGAUAACACCUCACUCGCAGUAAGUAAUACCAUCCCGCCGAGGACGGCUAAGAGGAAUCAUCGAAGGAAGGGCAGAUCCAGGAGCGAGAAGGUCAAUAGAGUCGACCAUGAUGAACCCAGUGGAAGCGUCGAUAAGCGCACCUCCGCGGAGAUGCCACACAGUAACCAUACAGGCGAGGCAACACGAAUACGCGACUUCCUAGCGGAAGAGCUACAGAAGUUUGAAACCAUGAGCGGAGUGGCCAACGUGGCGGAGCACAGGAUCAUCAUGACCGAUGACCGCCCAAUUAAGCAGCGGUACUUUCCGCGCAACCCAGCGACGCAGGCCAUCAUCAACGCAGAGAUCGACGAGCUCCUCUCCAAAGGGUGCAUCGAACCCUCCUGUAGCCCGCAUAGCGCGCCCAUCGUGUUGGCGCGGAAGAAAAAUGGUAAGUGGAGGUUGUGCGUGCAACUAAAUGCCCGAUCAGUACCCGACGCAUACCCCUUACCCAGAAUACAACAGAUACUGGACAAGUUACGGCGGGCUAAGUACAUCAGCAGCCUAGACCUCAAAAACGGCUACUGGCAGAUAUCCCUGGAACCGAACAGUCGCCCGUACACCGCCUUCACCGUGCCGGGGCGCGGACUAUUUCAAUGGCGCGUCAUGGCGUUCGGCCUACACUCCGCACCAGCAACAUUUCAAAGAGCACUCGACCAGGUCAUCGGCCCAGAAAUGGAACCCCACGCUUUCGCCUACCUAGACGACAUCAUCGUCAUAGGCUCUACCUUCGAGGAGCAUGUACAAAACCUACGGGAAGUACUAUCACGACUACAACGCGCGAAUCUCCGCAUCAACCCCGAGAAGUGCGACUUCUUCAAGAAGGAACUCCGAUACUUGGGUCAUGUGGUAAGUGAAAAGGGAAUCCACACCGAUCCCGAGAAGGUGGCCGCGAUCCGAGAAUUAAAACCACCGUCUAACGUGAAGGAAGUACGCCAAUACCUCGGGAUAGCAUCGUGGUACCGUCGCUUCGUGCCCGAUUUCGCCACGUUAAGCCAACCACUAACUGCACUCCUGAAAAAGGGUAAGCAUUGGAAGUGGGGAGUCGAGCAACAAGAGGCCUUCGACACCCUCAAGCGGAAACUCACCGAGGCCCCCGUACUCGCCUGUCCGGAUUUUAAAGAGAAUUCGCUCUACAGACGGACGCUAGUAACCUUGGCUUGGGAGCGGUAUUGA